GGAAGUCGUUGGGAUGUUUUGGGUUUGCUUAAAGCACGUGGAGGCAUAAGGUAGCGUACUGUGCUCCCUCUGCAACUUCGUCCUCCAAACUGUGAGCGUGCGUACAUGCAUGCACGUCUGUGGUCUCUUUAAGUAGCCCAAAAAGUCGACGCGGUGCUGUGAGAGAUGUCAGCGGGAAGCCAGACCACCAGGAGCCGGGAUAUCCCUGCCGUCAGGCGGGUCGCUAUCCAUGACGCGGCGCAUUUGCCCAACGACUACUCCACGACCCCCGGAGGAACUCUGUUCAGCACCACACCUGGAGGCACCAGAAUCAUCUAUGACAGGAAGUUCCUCCUGCAGUGUCGGACAUCUCCCCUGACUCGCACGCCUCCCAACCUGCCUGACAUCCCAGGAGUCACCCGGCCACUCAAGCGCGACGCCUCCAGCGACACAAACCAGCCUGAUCAAAUGCUCAGCAGUAACACCGAGCACAGCGUGCAUGCAGAGGAGAGUGCAGGUGAAGAUGCCCAAUUUGAGAUGGACAUCUAAGGGGAGUCAGGUUUAAGGAUGAAAGCAACAUGUUCAUAGUUUUUGUUUUCUGGGAUUUAACAAAAAAAAAAGAUAUGUUAAAAUGAUGAGCCUGUUUUUUUGUUUGUUUGUUUUUUAGUGUAAUCUGUGUUCAGAAUUGUUCUGAAAUCUGCUUUUUUUGUAAUGCCUUAUCUGUUCAAA